GGGAUCGGAUUCAUACAAUACUACUGAGACAACUAGGCACAGCUUAGCACACUGAUACAGCAUACCGUCAGCCCCACUGUAAGUGAUGCCGCACUAAGGAACACUUUCACCCAAACUCCGUUGGGGGACAGAACACUACCCAGGCUACAGUUCAUUUAUGUUUUUUUGUUGUUGUUGCUGUAUAAUAUCCUUUACAAAAAUGAAAACAGUGCUGUCAGAACUGAAGUUUUCAGACAUCGUACCAAACUGUUUAAUUUUUUGCGCGCUCUUGGAUGGAAGUUUAUGCGCUUGUUAAAAAAGCUUUAACACAUGCUUUGUGAAACGGUCUUCCGUGCAAGCGGUUUUCAGGAGAAAACAUUUUUAAAAAACACACACACGUAGGGCUAGGGCUAUUUCAUGUGAAUCAAUCAACUUGGACCAUCAGCAUCUCUCCUGCCGCCCGUAAUUGAACCACGCUUAAGUCAAGAUAUCUGAAGAGGAAUUACGUCGGCUCUUCGAGUUACAAAGUUAUUCUGCAAGCGAUGCUCUUUUUGCCUUUCGAAUGUGGACCAUAGACUUUUUUAGGACAUGGAUCAUUUUCUGUAGCGGAUAAUCCUAUUGUUUUGCGUUUUAUUUGAUUCCCGCUACCCGAAGAGGAUCUUUUUCUCUCCCCUAUUCCACUUCAGUGUAAUUAUAUGGCACUUCUAAAGCAGUGAUGUCGCUACGUGACGGGAAUUGCGAUUGAUUUUACAUAUUCUGUUCGAAGGGAUAUAAGAGUUGCAUCCUUACAAGGAAAGCUCCCAUCCUCUCUGAUUAUGGACAUAGCAGGUCAGGCUCAUGUGUUGGUGGUGUUGCUCACCUGCCUGGUCAUGCUGUCCUUGGCCCAAGAGAAGGACUACACGGUGAGGGAGGAGCAGCCCGAGAAUGUCCGCAUCGGGAACCUGCGGAAGGACUUGGACCUGAACCUUGACCCUGACUUCAAGCUGUCCUCUCCACUGCAGUUUAAGCCUGUCUACAAAACGGGCGAUGUGCCUUUGGUGAGGGUAGAGGCCAACACCGGGGAGAUCUUCACCACGGCUCAUCGCAUCGACCGCGAGAAGCUCUGCUCGGGAGUAUUCAACGAGAAGCGCUGCUUCUACGAGAUCGAGGUUGCCGUUCUGCCCGACGAGAUCUUCCGUCUGGUCAAGAUCCGGUUCCUGAUUGAGGACAUCAAUGACAACGCUCCACUCUUCCAGUCCACCGUAAUAAACAUCUCCAUCCCAGAGAACACUGCCAUCAACACCCGGUACCCCGUGCCCUCUGCAUUUGACCCAGAUGUGGGGAUCAAUGGGAUCCAACACUAUGAACUUGUCAAGAGUGUGAGUGAGUUUGGCCUGGACAUCAUCGAGACCCCGGAGGGAGACAGAUGGCCUCAGCUGAUCGUCCAGCAGAGCCUGGACCGCGAGCAGAAGGACACCUUCGUCAUGAAGAUCAAGGUGGAGGACGGAGGAACGCCACCCAAGUCCAGCACGGCCAUCCUCCAGGUCACCAUCUCCGACGUCAACGACAAUCGGCCGGUCUUCAAGGACAGUGAGGUGGAGGUGAACAUCCCCGAGAACGCACCCAUAGGAACCUCCGUCACCCAGCUCCACGCCACAGACGCAGACCUCGGCUCCAACGCCCAGAUCCACUUCUCCUUCUCUAAUCAGAUCUCCUCAUCCACCAAGAGGCAUUUUUCCAUCGACAGCACCACCGGGCUGAUCACUGUCAAGCAGCCCUUAGACCGGGAGGCCACCCCAGUCCACAAACUCAUUGUCCUAGCCAGCGAUGGCAGCUCCACCCCCUCCAGAGCUGCUGUUAUCGUCAACGUAACGGACAUUAAUGACAACGUUCCGUCCAUAGACACUCGGUACAUAAUGAACCUUGUAAAUGGAACGGUUCUACUGUCGGAGAACGCUCCUCUCAACACAAAAAUAGCCCUAAUUACAGUGACGGACAAGGACUCUGAUCUGAACGGAAAAGUGACUUGUUAUACUGACCACGAUGUUCCUUUCAGGUUAAAGCCAGUCUUUAAUGAUCAGUUCCUGCUGGAGACUGCGGCCCCCCUAGAUUACGAAACAACCAGGGAAUAUGCUAUUAAGAUAGUGGCGUCGGAUUCUGGGAAGCCUCCUUUGAACACUUCAGCGAUGGUUUUAAUUAAAAUUAAGGAUGAGAAUGACAACGCUCCCAUCUUCCCUCAGCCUGAGAUUCAGCUGUCCAUACCAGAAAACAAUGAUCCAUCCACGCAGCUCAUAAAGAUCAGUGCCAUGGAUGCAGACAGCGGUCAUAAUGCAGAGAUUAUUUAUUCUCUUGGCCCUGACGCCCCUGAUGGGUUUAACAUAGAUCGACGGUCAGGAAUCCUUUCCGUUGGCAAACGCCUGGACAGAGAGAAGCAGGAGAAGUAUUCAUUCACUGUCAUGGCGAGAGACAAUGGGUCUACUUCCCUGCAGAGCAAUGUCACAGUGAGGUUAAUAGUGCAGGACCUCAACGACAACAGCCCAGCUUUCACCCAUCCUGAGUAUAACUUCUACGUGCCUGAGAACCUGCCUCUGUACGGGACCGUGGGUCUGAUCACCGUCACAGAUUCUGACGCAGGUGACAACUCUGUCAUAACACUGUCCAUCCUGAACGGGAAAGACAAUUUCAUUAUUGAUCCCCAGACCGGUGUGAUCAAACCCAACAUCACGUUUGAUAGAGAGCAGCAGAGCUCAUACACUUUUAUGGUGAAGGCUAUAGACGGAGGGCAACCACCCAGCACUUCAUACGCCAAGGUCACCAUAAACGUUGUGGAUGUCAAUGACAAUCGACCCGUUUUUCUUAUUCCCUCGUCCAACUACUCAUACGAUCUGGUCCAGUCUACCACCAGCCCUGGGUCUGUGGUCACCAGGGUGUUCGCUAUAGACAAUGACACUGGCAUGAAUGCUGAGCUGCAGUACAGCAUAAUUGGGGAAUCACCAAGAGGGCUGUUUGCCAUAGACAAAACAACUGGUAAUAUAACUCUGCAGGAGAAGAUAGUCUCAGCCGAUCAGGGUUUACACAGGCUAGUGGUGAAAGUCAAAGACCUGGGCCAGCCAGAGUCCUUACACGCAAUCGCCCUCAUUCACCUGUUCAUUAACGAGACUGUAUCCAACGCCACGUUCAUUCAAGAGCAGCUACGUAAGAGCUUGGAGACUCCGUUGGACCGUAACGUGGGAGACAGUGAGGUCACACCCCAAGCCAACGGAUACGUGAUUGUUGUCAUCGCUAUUAUAGCUGGGACUAUGACCGUCAUCUUAGUCAUCUUCGUGACAGCCUUGGUGCGCUGUCGUCAGACGCCCAGGCACAAAGUGGUGCAGAAGGGCAAGCAGAGCGGCGAGUGGGUGUCGCCCAACCAGGAGAACCGUCAAAUCAAGAAGAAAAAGAAGAAAAAGAAGAGAUCCCCUAAGAGCCUCCUCUUGAACUUUGUCAGCAUAGAAGAAUCCAAGCCUGAUGAUCCCAGCCAGGAGCACAUUAAUGGAACCCUGGACCUGCCUGUGGAGUUAGAUGAGCAGACCAUGGGGAAAUACAACUGGGCCACUACGCCGACCACCUUCAAACCUGACAGUCCAGACUUAGCCAAGCAUUACAAGUCUGCCUCCCCCCAGCCAACCUUCCAAAUCAAACCAGAGACCCCGAUGGCGCCCAAUAAACACCACGUGAUUCAGGAGCUCCCGCUAGACAACACGUUUGUGGUGGGCUGUGACUCGCACUCCAAGUGCUCCUCCACCAGCUCAGACCCGUACUCGGUCUCAGAGUGCAGCUGUCAGGGGGGAUUCAAGACUCCUGGGCAAAUCCACACCAGACAGAAUCAGGGCCAGACACCGGAAAAGUCCUUGAACUCAGACGCAUCCACCUGUCCCCAUAAGACUCAGCGCCGCGUGACGUUCCACCUUCCGGAUGGUUCUCAGGAGAGCUGUAGCGACAGUGGUCUAGGGGACCAGGAGCCCAGCAGCAUUGCCAGCACCACUCAGCCUCUCCCCCUCGGCUUCCCCCAGGAAGAGUACUACCAACAGACCUCGCCCAACAGCCGCACCGAGGGAGACGGAAACUCUGACCCUGAGUCCACCAUGGUGGAGGUGAACCUGACCAAGGCUCUGGCGGAAGCUUCAGAGACGUGCACCCAGGAAUGUCUGAUCCUGGGCCACUCCGACAGCUGCUGGAUGCCUCCCGUCCUGGUGACCCAGUUCCAGUCUCCGUCCAACACGGGUACCCUGCCUACCCUGCCCUCCUUUGGCUUCCAGCACCAGCAGAGUUACCCAUGGGCCAGGGGAGCCAAGGCGGACGGGCGUCAGUGCCAUACCCUGGGAAGGCCUGCGCCCAAAGACGAUCUGGCUAAAGGGAUGAACCGGCCGCAGUUCUACAACACUCUGGAAAGACAAUGCAGUAGCAAGAGUAAGGUGUCUGACCCCGUCAAGGUCAUCCCUCUGGCCAGCUUUUCGUCGCCUUUGUCAAGCCAGCAGACCCCAGCCACCGAAGGAUCGUUCUUACAUGAGCAUCAGCUGUAAGGGGCCAAAGUAACACCAACCAGUUUGUCUAAUGUAUAUUGAUGUAUAUUUAACAUCAACUGUAAGGGGCUGUAAGGGGACAGAGUAACACCAACCACUUCAUCGAAUGUAUCUUGAUAUUUUGUGUGUAUAUGUGUGUGAACAUGAAAUGUGGAUGAAGGGAUGAUGACAAAACUGUUACUCAGUCUCCACAAUGUUGUUACUCAGUCUCCACUAUGUUGUUACUCAGUCUCCACAAUGUUGUUACUCAGUCUCCACAAUGUUGUUACUCAGUCUCCACUAUGUUGUUACUCAGUCUCCACUAUGUUGUUACUCAGUCUCCACUAUGUUGUUACUCAGUCUCCACAAUGUUGUUACUCAGUCUCCACAAUGUUGUUACUCAGUCUCCACAAUGUUGUUACUCAGUCUCCACAAUGUUGUUACUCAGUCUCCACAAUGUUGUUACUCAGUCUCCACAAUGUUGUUACUCAGUCUCCACAAUGAUGUUACUCUAUCUCCACAAUGUUGUUACUCAGUCUCCACAGUGUUGUUACUCAGUCUCCACAAUGAUGUUACUCGGUCUCCACAAUGUUGUUACUCAGUCUCCACAAUGUUGUUACUCAGUCUCCACAAUGUUGUUACUCAGUCUCCACAAUGUUGUUACUCGGUCUCCACAAUGUUGUUACUCGGUCUCCACAAUGAUGUUACUCGGUCUCCACAAUGUUGUUACUCGGUCUCCACAAUGGUGUUACUCGGUCUCCACAAUGUUGUUACUCGGUCUCCACAAUGUUGUUACUCAGUCUCCACAAUGUUGUUACUCGGUCUCCACAAUGUUGUAAAGAAGAGGAUCUGACAAUGGCUGUACUUAUAGAAUGAUAUUGUGCAAAAGAAAUUGAAAUGUGUGUGAAAUGACAAACUUCUUUGAAGAAAAGCCUAGCUAAAUAUUUGUCCAAUUUAAUCCAUGUACAGUAUAUAAAAAUGGUAGUCCUAUACCAAAGUAGAUUCACAACAGCAAAAAAUAUAUAUAUAAAUAUAUAUAAAAAUAUAUAUAAAAUAUAUAUAUAUAUAAUAGCUUUCAGUUUGGUAGAGAUUUUUCUGAUCACUGAUCAAAAAGAUGAAUGAAUACUAUGCAUAUUGGAACCAGCUUAGUGUGGGAACCUUCCCAAACACCAUUUCACUUACCGAUAAACAAAACGCAAAAAACAAAAAAAAACACACAGUAUAUCGUGUUGAACGAGCAGAAUCUGGCUAAAUGUUAUUUAUGAACCCAAGGUGGAAUCGUGUAUAUGUCCAAUCUCUGGUGAAAUACUGCUUAGUGUAUCCUGCAAGACAUUCAGCUCCAACUGAUGAUCCAAGGUACAUUAUCGCUUGCCUGAAUAUGGUCAAAGAAUCCCGUCUUGUUCAGGGGUCUUCAGACACAUACCUAAGCCUCAAUGGACAAACAGUGUUUCACUCUGUGUCGUGCUAACACUUUAUAUAAAUAUACAGUACAGGCUCUUCCCCCAUUAUAUUUCUAACACUGUGUUCCUCCUCAAAUGUUUCUUGUAUGGCAUGUUGCAGUGCCUUUCACCACCUUUCCCUCCACUCUAUUGCAAACCUACUCAUUUUCUACAUUAUCUUUCCCAUGUAAAAAGAACCUAUUCAUUGUCUACAUUAACUUUCCCCUGUAUUAAGAACCUAUUCAUUUUCUACAUUAACUUUCCCAUGUAUUAAGAACCUAUUCAUUUUCUACAUUAACUUUCCCAUGUAUUAAGAACCUAUUCAUUUUCUACAUUAUCUUUCCCAUUGCAGUAAGAACCUACCCAUUUUCUACAUUAUCGUUCCCCUUGUAGUAAGAACCUACUCAUUUUCUACAUUAUCUUUCCAUUGUAAUAAGAACAUAUUCAUGUUCUACAUUAUCUGUCCCCUGUAUUAAGAACCCAUUAAUUUUCAACAUUAUAUUUCCCCUGUAUUAAGAACCUAUUCAUUUUCUACAGUAUCUGUCCCCUGUAUUAAGAACCUAUUCAUUUUCAACAUUAUCUUUCCCCUGUAAUAAGAACCUACUCAUUUUCUACAUUAUCUCAUUAGAAGAAGCCUUGAACAGCCCAGACAGAGGUUUCAUGCAAGAAGAUACAGCCUUUGCUUUUCCACCAUACUUCACUUCGUUAUCUUCCUUUCAUAAAAUAUAACAUGUCCUGUACGCAUCGUAAUGAGUGCUAUGGAGCCAAUUAAGAAUAUCUCCCAAUAGUCUAAUUACGUCAUCUCCACAGUAAGUAAUAGCUGUGGUUGACAGCUCUGUAAUAGUUGUCUAGUCUCACUGAAACAUAAUAUAUUUCCUACUAGUCGGAAAAUGAAAAAGGUGGUACCAGUCAAACGUUUGGACCCACCUACUCAUUCAAGGGUGUUUCUUUAUUUUGACUAUUUUCUACACUGUCUAAUAAUAGUGUGGACUUCAAAACUAUGAAAUAACACAUAUGGAAUCAUGUAGUAACCAAAAAAGUUUUAAUCAAAUCAAAUCAAAACCACCCUUUGUCUUGAUGACAGCUUUGCAUACUCUUGGCAUUCUAUCAACCAGCUUCGUGAGGAAUGCUUUUUCAACAGUCUUGAAGGAGUUCCCACAUAUGCUGAGGACUUGCUGCCUGCUUUUCCUUCACAUUGCAGUUCAACUCAUCCCAAACCAUCUCAAUUGGGUUGAGGUCGGGUGAUUGUGCAGACUAGGUCAUCUGAUGCAGCACCAUCACUCUCCUUCUUGGUCAAAUAGCCCUUACACAGCCUGGAGGUGUGUUUUG